CCGGAGAAGUGGGCGGCGAUUAAAGGGGUCCUCUCGGGAGAAGCGGGCAGUGGUUAAAGGGGUCCUCUCGGGAGAAGCGGGCAGUGGUUAAAGGGGUCCUCUCGGGAGAAGCGGGCAGUGGUUAAAGGGGUCCUCUUGGGGUAGGGUGGGCGUUCGCCCGGUGCUGCUGGCAGGUGGCGCAGCUGCCAUCGUCUCACCGCCUCCCUACCCUUAUCGUUCGCGGGGACGCACCUGCUCCGUCCCUUCUCCACUUCCGCCUACUGGGCUGCGGCCGUUUGCCAGUAGGCUGGUUGGGGCUCUACCCCGCCCCGGCGCUGCCGGAGACGCCGGACAUGAAAAUGAGUUGCACAAUUGAAAAGGCCUUGGCAGAUGCAAAAGCACUGGUGGAGCGGCUAAGGGAACACGACAAUGCAGCAGAAGCGCUUAUUGAACAGACUACAGCUCUGAACAAGCGGGUUGAAGCGAUGAAGCAGUACCAAGAAGAAAUUCAGGAGCUCAAUGAAGUAGCGAGACAUCGCCCUCGGUCUGCGUUAGUGAUGGGUAUCCAACAAGAAAACAGACAGAUUAGAGAACUGCAGCAGGAAAAUAAAGAACUACGCACAUCUCUUGAAGAGCAUCAAUCUGCUUUGGAACUCAUAAUGAGCAAGUACAGAGAACAGAUGUUUAGACUGCUUAUGGCGAGCAAAAAGGAUGAUCCAAGUAUAAUAAUGAAGUUAAAAGAGCAACAUUCUGAGGAGCUGCAAGUGCAUGUGGACCAAAUCACAGAAAUGGCAGCAGUGAUGAGAAAAGCCAUUGAAAUUGAUGAGAGGCAUGGCUGCAAAGAGCAGGAGCGCAUCAUUCAGCUGGAGCAGGAAAACAAAGGCUUGAGAGAAAUUCUUCAAAUAACUAGAGAGUCAUUUCUUAACCUCAAGAAAGAAGAUGCAUCAGAGAGCACAUCUCUGUCAGGGCUAGUAACGAGCAGUGAUCUGAGCCUGAGGAAAAGCUGAAGAUUGGAAGUCAAGAAGCUUCAAUUGCACACUUUACAAAUGAAGUAUCAGGGGUCACUUGUCAAGCACUUGUUACUAAAUAGGGCACCAGCAAGCUCAUGCGUCUUGAAUUCCAGUUUAGUGGCUUUUACACUCUGUAAAAUAAAACUGGUCUACUAAAACUUUAGUGAUAGAUUAAUUGCCAUAGAUCUGACUUCAGCUGCAAAUGGAUUAAUGCACUUGCUGAAGUUAAUUUUAUAUGAAGUCAUUUUACAGAAAAACCACAAGAUUUCCUGUUAUUUAUCGAAAUUAUUGUUCAUACAAAGUUUCAGUGCACCUGUAGUAUAAAGGUGGGAUUUAAAGUCUUACCCCUGGCUAAUAAGCAGUAACUUAUGAACAUACUUUUUGUGUUUUUUCCUUUCAUUGAAUUUUUGAUACUCAUUUUGCAACAAGCCUGUUUAAAGGAAAGGGUACAUAGGCAGCAUAAAACUGAAGGGUUUCUGUUGUUUGGAUACCGACCGUGUGUUGUGUUCAGCUAUGAAGCUGAUUGUUUAAACAGUGCAUAGCAAUGCUUCUGCAGUUGUUCAGUAUUUGGAGUGGCUUGGUUUUUAAACUGAAGGGGACUCUUAGAGUCUUCAAAACAUGGAAAGAGCUUCUCCCACUUUAUUGUUCUGCAGAACACAGGUAGCACAGUAUAACUCUGACUUAGCUUUUAUGAGAGAAAAUCAAGUCAGAUCUCUACAGGUAAGGAGCCACAUGAAUCCCAUCUACUUCUUCCCUGAUUUCCUGAUCAAAUUCCUGGCUGGGAGCCAGCAAUUUGAGAGCACCCAAAGAGCAACAGCAGAGAGGUAGUUAUAGGGAUGGAGGCACAAAGGCAGGCAGGAAGGAGAAAAGCUGGCAACCUGUGUGCCUGCAAUCAGUGCUCUUAAUUUUUUUUAUUUUUAGUACUAGUCAUCAAGAAGUUUUUUAGGUCAGUUUCAGGGAUGUGUAAUGUUUGCACUAGAAAACGUUUUGGUAUACAACAGCUUCAGAAGUUCAGUACUGACAGAACAAGCUGCUCACAUUAGUCCUUGGGGAAGUGAAGGGAGUUGGCUUUCCUGGAUCACACAGCUCUUAUCAUAUGCAGAUAGGACAGGCACUGCACAAGAUGGCAUUGCAGGUAAGGGGGAGCAAAAUGACAUUUGGCUUUUAUUUUGUCAGACUACCACUUCUUGGUGAAGGCAGGCAGAACUUACUUUUGAUGUGUAUCAUCACUUCUUGUCUAGCAUGUUCACAUGUUCUUCACUUGGAAAGCAGACUCGGUGAGCCUUCAGCCAUAGAAAAGUGUAGUUCUGCAAACACCACCCACAACUGCAUAUGUUAUCUGUUUAACUUUCUUAGUAAAAUCAGUUGAACUCCAAUUCUGAAAUAAGCCACUGCUUAAUAAAAUUUGAUUUUCGCUUGCAAUAAUGCAAAAAGAACAAAGCAGGGUGCACUUCUUAGUGUGCCAGUUUAAAGUACACUUUGCUUUGACUCAGCAUAGCUUCCAUUGGCUCAGGGUGAAUACACAACAAGUGUAUGGGUGGAUUUUUGUUCCCAGUGAACAGCUGUUGUUCUGUUACUGUUAGCUGAUGCCAUAGUGUUUAGCAGAGACACUAAAUACUAGUUUUCAGUUAAUAUAUAUGACAGGCAAUGCUGUUGAGAGAAUAUAAAGGAAUCAAAUUCUACAAAGCUUCACACCAGUUUUUGGAAAUGGAGAAGCUGCUACUUCUCUUUCCAGAGCAUCUUGGCUUGUUUAUAGGCUUAAGAAUCUAUCGAGGACAUUCUUUACCAUUUGCAACCUUCCUAAACGUCCAUGGGGGAAUUCUUUGGGGAACAUUUUAGCUCAGUCACAAAAUAUACUCAUCUGCUGUUACUGUCUGUAAAACUUUGCCAGUGGUUCUGUAAUUUGAGUUUUGCAUUUCUACUGUAGCUUGCAAACUGGUGAUCUCUAAGGAGCACCACUUUGUUAGUCAUGGAGUGUUUUGUUGUUGCAAAUGUUGGGCUCUGUUGAUGAAGUUUGUUUUCUUUAGAAGUAUCUUUUCAGCAAUAGACUGAUCUCAGAGGCAUUUAUAUCCUUUUAAUACUGAAUGCAGUUUCAUGGCUGAGUUUCUGGUUUGCCUUUCAAAUGCAGCUGCCAGUGCUGUAGAGCAGAGAAGGGUUGUUAGUCUGGCAGUUUUUUAAGGUUGCUCUAUUAUGAAAUAACGCUUGGUUAGUCUUUAUUUUUGUAAAUUAAAAAAAAAGAAAGACUUAAUUUAUCUACUUCUAGCCUUCAUGUUUGAUAGAUCUCCCCUUUCAUUCCCCUGACCUGAUCACUUCAGGAUUUUAAAGAACCUUCACUGUGUGUGGAGUGACUAUUUUUCAUUGCAUACCUGUUAUUUUUGUAAUGCAGAUGGCUUGAGGACUUACGGCUAGAAUUGUGUACUGUACAAUAAACUUAUUUUAUCAAUAAAGCUGACAGAAAAUA